CAGGCUGGUCUUGAACUCCUGACCUCAAGUGAUCCACCCGCCUCAGCCUCCCUAAGUGCUCGGAUUACAGGUGUGGGCCACCACACCUGGCCGACCUGACCUUUUUAAGUAGCUUGUGAGGAGAAUGAGUGUGUCUUUGUCUACCCAGUCCCUGGAAUGUCUCUAACUUGGAGGGCCCAGCCAGCCCCUCAAAGCUGAGUUUCUGGGGAAGCCAUGACUUUUCAUAUUAGGAUGUCUUUGGCUCAUUACUGGGAAAGAUCCCUCAAGGGCCUAUUCUGUUUCGAACUGUACUCAGUGUUGGGGAAGAUAGAAGCAGCAGUCCUUGCCCUCCCUGGCCACUGGCAGUAGAAGGAAGGACAGCCCAAGCCUGUCUCCUCCACUGGCCGCUGUGGAACCUGGGGUGUGUUUUAACUCAUUAAGCCUCAGUUUUCUUUAAAAAAAAAAAAAAAAAAAAAAACUGGAAUGAGUAAUACCUAUCUUAUUUACCUUAGGAUAGUUAAAAGGUUAAUUGAAACAUAAAAGCAUAUUAGAAGUGUUUUACCAAUUCCUGUUGAAAUUGAUAGGAAACACAGUAGGGAAGACUGGGACUGAGCGAGAUUGGGGUACGGGUGUGUGGAGUGUUGAGUGGCACGAUUGGAGAGAAGGGAAGUGUGAACACACUGGCGUGGUGGUAGCAGAAGGGCCCCACCAGGGUAUGAAGAGCUAAGACUGCACCUGAAAACUUAGAAGCAGGAACUCCCUGUCAAGCACACCCUACAUGGCUGACCUUUACUUAGUGACAGUUCUCAAAAUGCUGUGCAGGGCGCUGCUGCGCUCCCCCAAAACGUACAUGUAUGGAGACAUGGCUCUGCCACCCACCGUUCAGUCUAUUCUCUAAGCCAAUGAGAAUGCAACAAGACCAGAAUGGGACUGAGGGUGGCCUGUGGUGACCUGUCAGGGACUAUUUAAACCAGCCACAAAUCAUGUGGGCAGGGAACAGAAGCCUGAACUGGCCACCUCAGGGGCCAUCUCCCACAGUUUGCUGUACUAGCAGGUCUCUGUUCGCUUGUGAGUGUUUUUAAUCACGGUCAGCUUUUGGUGUGGGUUUGAAUGUGACAGACUGAGCUUAGAAAAGCUUUCUGUAAGGAAAGGUAAGAGUUGGACUGAGCAAGAGUUGAAAAAUAGUGACAGUCCCAUUCUCCUUUGGAAUGCGAACAGAUAUUGAAGUAUCCAGUGAACGGUAGCAAAUUUCCUACCUUCAAGGCCCAAACAUAAGCUAGUGCCCUUAUGUUACAUGCAACUCAUCUGCCAGGUGUUUUUUUUCAAGUACCUCCACUACUCACUGACACAGGAGGACACAGGAUAUUAAAAAUGAAAUACAGUUCCGUCAGUUAUUCACUUAUUCUCCAAAAUACUUGGAAGAACUAAAUAUGAAACGAUAGGAGCCUUUAUACUCACCACGUAGUCCCUAUACUAGCCAAACUCCUUAUUUUUUAAUUGAUUGUUUUUAGGAGGGUAGUAUUUUAUUCACUAAAACGUUUUUAUUAAUACUUCUUUAUUUUUAGGAUGAGCUGCCAUGAUGUGGGCUACAGAGGAGGGUCACAUAUGCUUCUAUCCCCCUGUUAGAGAAUCCGCACCUGUCCCAGUUGCUGAUUUCCACUACCAAAUGUGAAUUGCAACUAUUUUAGGAGCACUUAAGCACACCAGAAAAAUGAGUGAUUCUGUUCUGGCCCACACCGCAUCACUGAUGUACCCCCUUAAAGCAUGUCACUGAGUUCAUCACAAAAGACUGCUUCUCCUGUGCCCUCCACAAGCCUCCACAAGGUUAGAACUGUCCUUGUCUUAGGGAAAAAAGAGAGAGAGAGAGACAGGCACCAACUGGGUAACCUCUGCUGACCCCCACUGUACUUUACCAUAAGUAGCUCCAAAUCCUUCUAGAAAAUCUGAAAGGCAUAGCCCCAUAUAUCAGUGAUAUAAAUAGAACCUGCAGCAGGCUCUGGUAGGUGAUGACUCUAAGGUGGACUGGGAGGCAGCCCGGCCUUGGCAGGCAUCAUCCUCUAAAUAUAAAGAUGAGUUUGUUCAGCCUUUGCAGAAGGAAAAACUGCCACCCAUCCUAGAGUGCUGCGUCCUUGCCCCCCGCCCCGCCCCGCCCUUUAUUGGCAGGAAGGACCAGCAAAGCCUCAUCUAGGAAGAGCCCGUCACCCCUCUCCACCUCCAUUCCAGGUCUAGCCAGUCCUGGGUUAUGACCCCCGUCUUUCAGCCCCAGGAGAGGGACACACAUCGUGCCACCGAAGAGGUUGGGGGAGGGCCUCAGCCCACCAAAACCUGGGGCCAGUGCGUCCUAGAGGAGGGGAACCCUCACCCCUUCAAUCCCUUUAGGAGACCCAAGUACGCUGCGCGUCCCUGAGGCAGACAGCUCCGUGUGCCCAGGCUUUGCGUCUGACGGGCCUAUCCCCGGGAGCCCCGGCGCUCCGCCCUCGCCUCCCCCCGCCAGUUGUCCAUCCUGCGACAGCUGCGCGCCCUCCGGCCGCCGGUGGCCCUCUGUGCGGUGGGGGAAGGGGUUGACGUGGCUCAGCUUUUUGGAUUCAGGGAGCUCAGGGGUAGGAAGAGAGAAAUGGAGUUCCAGGGGCGUCCGGGGGAGGGAGUUCGCCUUCCUGCCCUGCCUGAGGCUCAGGAGUGACUGCUUCUCCAAUCCGCCCAAGCCCACCACUCCACACGUCUCCCUCCGCCGGGUAGUCGCAAGUGGGAGUUUGGGAAUCUGAGCAAAGGACCUGAAGAGGAGUUGAAAUAUUGGAAGUUAGCAGUCAGGCACCUUCCCGAGCUCCCAGGGCGCUCAGAGUGGGCAUGGGUGGAGAGGCCUUCGGGACAGGUGUGGUUCCCGGAGCGCAGGCGCACACAUGCACCCACCGGCGCACGAGGUGACCCUCGCCCCACCCCAUCCCCUCCAGCGGGCAACUGGGUCGGGUCAGGAGGGGCAAACCCGCUAGGGAGACACUCCAUAUACGGCCCGGCCCGCGUUACCUGGGACCGGGCCAACCCGCUCCUUCUUUGGUCAACGCAGGGGACCCGGGCGGGGGCCCAGGCCGCGAACCGGCCGAGGGAGGAGGCUCUAGUGCCCAACACCCAAAUAUGGCUGGAGAAGGGCAGCGGCAUUCCUGCGGGGUGGCGCGGAGGGAGUGCCCGCGGGCUAUAUAAAACCUGAGCAGACAGACGAGCGGCCACCGCAGCGGACAGCGCCAAGUGAAGCCUCGCUUCCCUCCCGCGGCGACCAGGGCCCGAGCCGAGAGUAGCAGUUGUAGCUACCCGCCCAGAAACUAGACACAAUGUGCGACGAAGACGAGACCACCGCCCUCGUGUGCGACAAUGGCUCCGGCCUGGUGAAAGCCGGCUUCGCCGGGGAUGACGCCCCUAGGGCCGUGUUCCCGUCCAUCGUGGGCCGCCCCCGACACCAGGGCGUCAUGGUUGGUAUGGGUCAGAAAGAUUCCUACGUGGGCGACGAGGCUCAGAGCAAGAGAGGUAUCCUGACCCUGAAGUACCCUAUCGAGCAUGGCAUCAUCACCAACUGGGACGACAUGGAGAAGAUCUGGCACCACACCUUCUACAACGAGCUCCGCGUGGCUCCCGAGGAGCACCCCACCCUGCUCACCGAGGCCCCCCUCAAUCCCAAGGCCAACCGCGAGAAGAUGACCCAGAUCAUGUUUGAGACCUUCAACGUGCCCGCCAUGUACGUGGCCAUCCAGGCCGUGCUGUCCCUCUACGCCUCCGGCAGGACCACUGGCAUCGUGCUGGACUCCGGCGACGGCGUCACCCACAACGUGCCCAUCUAUGAGGGCUACGCGCUGCCGCACGCCAUCAUGCGCUUGGACCUGGCGGGCCGCGAUCUCACCGACUACCUGAUGAAGAUCCUCACUGAGCGCGGCUACUCCUUCGUGACCACAGCUGAGCGCGAGAUCGUGCGCGACAUCAAGGAAAAGCUGUGCUACGUGGCCCUGGACUUCGAGAACGAGAUGGCCACGGCCGCUUCCUCCUCCUCUCUGGAAAAGAGCUACGAGCUGCCAGACGGGCAGGUCAUCACCAUCGGUAACGAGCGCUUCCGCUGCCCGGAGACGCUCUUCCAGCCCUCCUUCAUCGGUAUGGAGUCGGCGGGCAUUCAUGAGACCACCUACAACAGCAUCAUGAAGUGCGACAUUGACAUCAGAAAGGACCUGUAUGCGAACAAUGUCAUGUCGGGGGGCACCACGAUGUACCCUGGGAUCGCUGACCGCAUGCAGAAAGAGAUCACCGCGCUGGCCCCCAGCACCAUGAAGAUCAAGAUCAUCGCCCCGCCAGAGCGCAAGUACUCGGUGUGGAUCGGCGGCUCCAUCCUGGCCUCGCUGUCCACCUUCCAGCAGAUGUGGAUCACCAAGCAGGAGUAUGACGAGGCCGGCCCUUCCAUCGUCCACCGCAAAUGCUUCUAGACACACUCCACCUCCAGCGCGCGACUUCUCAGGACGACGAAUCUGCUUAAUCGGCUGGCGACUGACCUCCAGCCACCCCACAUUCACUUUCUUCGUAACAACUUCCUUUGUUGCCAUCGUAAACUGACACAGUGUUUAUAACGUGUACAUACAUUAACUUAUUACCUCAUUUUGUUAUUUUUCGAAACAAAGCCCUGUGGAAGGAAAUGGAAAACUUGAAGAAGCAUUAAAGUCAUUCUGUUAAGCUGCGUAAA